CGGACAACAACGCGUGGGUCAAAUGCUAAUUUGACAGAGUCUGUAUGACGCAUUCAACGAGCUACCGUCUCAUCUGUAUAUAUCGCAGAGUAUCAUCAUGGCACAACACAACCAGUCCAGAGCUGCGACACAUCCCUCGAUCAUCUCAACAUUCCAACCCUUCUUGGGUCACCUUCUCAAGUGCUAGAGCUACUAGUCGCUCGGCAUUCAUCCAUGGCGGCAGCUACCAGAGCUCUCCUUGUUGCCGCGGUGAUCGCGGCGGCGUUGUUCGGCACGGCGCUCGGCGCCACCUACACAGUCGGCGCACCGGCCGGCUCGUGGGACCUCCGGACAAACUACACCCGAUGGACUUCCACCAUCAGGUUCUACGCCGGCGACGAGCUCCGGUUCCAGUACCCGGCUGCGGCGCACAACGUGGUGGAGGUGACCAAGACGGCCUACGACAACUGCAGCAGCUCUAGUCCCGUCGCCACGUUCCCGAGCGGCAACGACGUCAUCCCGCUCGCCGCCGUCGGGACCCGGUACUUCAUCUGCGGCCUGCCCGGGCACUGCGCCGGUGGCAUGAAGGUACAGGUCAACGUCCGGUCCAAGGUGGUGAGAUGCCGAGGGAGAGGGGCGAGGCAGCGGUGCACACAGACAACGCCACAGCCGAGCUCGGCGGCUCAGGCUGGUGCUCAGCCUGUGCUAGCGCUCGGGCUGGCCGCCGUCCUGGCUGGUUUGAUGCUUCUCUACUAGUGAACAACGGCAGCGCCAAGCAGCUGGCGCCAUUAUAAUUUUUUUUCUCUCUCUCUCCUUUUUUCCGUGAUUGAUCGUGCCUACAUGAUUCUUUGUAUAGUCAAAUUAUAUAUAAUUCUUUUUUACAAUAUUAUUAAUAUAUGAUUCGAGUUGUCAUAAUUCAUGCCAUUCGUUGACCGUAAAUACCAAGAAAAAACAGUUAAGAACCAGAGAACUUUAUUAAUUCGCCCAUAAAAGAGCUUUAUUAAUUAAUCAGCAAAUUUAUACUAAUGUUCAAAGAUUUAACUUUCUGGCCUGCUUUGGAGGCCCUGAGCGCCCAGAAGUAUCUCUUGAAAUCAUUACAGACCCUAAAAAAAAUUAUGGAGCUAUUAUCGAAAAAGGCUUUCACCCCGCUUUAUAGAUAUGGCAAUAGACCACCAAACAUAUGCAUAGAUGCGCCAAACAGUCAAAAUAAAAGGAAAAUAAAAACGUUUAAAGUUAUGGGGAU